CGGUUGCUUGCCAUUCUUUUUUUAGCCGGCGGCUGAAAUGUGAGGGGUCACAAUAGGAGGAUAAAAAGUGUCCCAGGCGGACCAGGAGGUUGUCGCGAACUUUAGUCGGAUCUUCUCCCCUCUCUUCUCCCAGCUCUCCUCCAACCCACCAAGAGUCAAAAUGCCUCACUCAUUCCCCUUCCUCACUCCUGAUCAGAAGAAGGAGCUCAGUGACAUCGCUCACAAGAUUGUCGCCAAGGGCAAGGGAAUCCUCGCCGCUGACGAGUCUACCGGCAGCGUUGCCAAGCGCUUCCAGAGCAUCAAUGCUGAGAACACUGAAGAGAACAGGAGACUGUACCGUCAGCUCCUCUUCACCGCUGACGAGCGCGCCGGUCCUUGCAUUGGUGGUGUCAUCUUCUUCCACGAGACCCUGUACCAGAAGACCGAUGCCGGCAAGACCUUCCCCGAGCAUGUCAAGUCCAGAGGCUGGGUUGUAGGCAUCAAGGUUGACAAAGGUGUUGUCCCCCUUGCUGGAACCAACGGAGAGACCACCACUCAGGGUCUGGAUGGCCUGUAUGAGCGUUGCGCCCAGUACAAGAAGGACGGUUGUGACUUCGCCAAGUGGCGUUGUGUGCUGAAGAUCACCUCCACCACCCCCUCCCGCCUGGCCAUCAUGGAGAAUUGCAAUGUCUUGGCUCGUUAUGCCAGUAUCUGCCAGAUGCACGGCAUUGUCCCCAUUGUUGAGCCCGAGAUCCUCCCCGACGGUGACCACGACCUGAAGCGCACCCAGUACGUGACUGAGAAGGUCCUGGCCGCAAUGUACAAGGCUCUGUCCGACCACCAUGUCUACCUGGAGGGUACCCUCCUGAAGCCCAACAUGGUCACUGCCGGACACUCCUGCUCACACAAGUAUACCCACCAGGAGAUCGCCAUGGCCACCGUCACGGCCCUGCGCCGCACCGUGCCCCCAGCAGUUCCUGGCGUCACCUUCCUGUCCGGUGGCCAGUCUGAGGAGGAGGCAUCCAUCAACCUGAACGUCAUGAACCAGUGUCCCCUGCACAGGCCAUGGGCAUUGACUUUUUCCUAUGGCCGUGCCCUCCAGGCAUCCGCCCUGAAGGCAUGGGGUGGCAAACCUGCGAACGGCAAGGCUGCCCAGGAGGAGUUCAUCAAGAGAGCUCUGGCCAACAGCCUGGCCUGCCAAGGCAAGUAUGUCGCGUCCGGAGACAGCACCGCCGCUGGAGAAUCACUGUUCGUGGCCAACCACGCUUAUUAGGCAUGGACACUUUACCAGCAUCCCUCUCGUAACCCUCACACCAUCUCCCUGUACCCGCCACCCUCCCCCACAUGGGGAGUGCCAUGUCUUAUUCGGCACCUCCUAAGAAGCCGUCUCUACUCGACCCUCUGCAACAUUACUCGUUUGGUACCUCAGCAUGGAGAAAGAGAGAGAAACGGAAACCUUUCUUUGGGCUCUUGCUUCAGAGAGAAGAUUACAAAAAAAAUGUGUUCUGCCUCCAUUCCCUCUCCCUACCAUUUCACACCUUUUUUAAGGUGAAAAGAUUCCCAUCGUUGUGUUUUUACAAAACAUGUAAUAUUAUUCCUGGGUCUGUAACACCUAACUCAGUAUAAUGUUUGUAAUGGAGCCAUGGAAUAAAGUAUGUAUCCACAAUA